CUUCUCCGUGGGGGUCUGUUUUCUCUUUUAAUUGAGGUGAAAUUCGCAAAACAUACAAUUGACCAUUUUAAAAUGUACCCUCCAGUGGCAGGUAGUGCACUCAUGAUAUUUAUUGUGAAUAAACUUAAUUUAGUUUCAAAACUUUGGCGUGGUCGGUUUUUGGUUAUGGGCGAGUUGCACUCACCAAGGUGGCAAAGACCCUGUCCAGCUGUUCACUGCGUUUCCUGCGCCUAGCACAGUGCAGGACAAUGGCGCUCCUACAGGUGCUUGUUGAAUGAAUAAAUGAUUCCUCCCCAGAUCAACCCGGUCUACCUGAGCUGGGAUGCAGUUCCGGAGAAGAUUCCCUGAGCCCGUUCCAGAGCCCACUCCACGGGGACCAUUUCAUAGACUGGGGUCCCGAGCUGUAGACCAGGCACCAGGUUGAUUGGGCGGAGGCCCCACUUCACCAGGCUGGGGAGCCAUCCCGAGCCGGGCGCCGGCGGCCCGGGGAGAGGUGCCGAACCGGAGUCCCGGGAGCCAUCGCCGACCGCUUCCGAUUUGACUUGAUUUGACUUGGUUUCGGUCGCCGCUCCCAGAAAGCGCGCCCCCCGCCCCCUCCAGGCAGGCCCCGCCCCGCCCUCCGCUUCCUCCUAGAUCCCUGGCACUGCGGCCGCUCGGGCAGAGGAGCCGGAGCGGCGAGGCAGCGGCGGCGGCGAUGGCAGGGAAAGAGUUGGAGCGGUGCCAGCGGCAGGCGGAUGAGGUGACAGAAAUCAUGCUCAACAACUUCGACAAGGUCCUGGAGCGCGACGGGAAGCUGGCGGAGCUGGAACAGCGUUCAGACCAACUCCUGGACAUGAGCUCCGCCUUCAGCAAGACAACCAAGACUCUGGCCCAGAAGAAGCGCUGGGAGAAUGUCCGUUGCCGGAUCUACUUGGGGCUGGUAGUAGGCGGUGGUCUGCUCAUCCUCCUGAUUGUGUUGCUGGCCAUGUUUCUCCCACAAAGCAGCAAGGGCAGCAGUGCCCCACAGGCCCAGGAUGCGGGUGCUGCCUCAGGGCCUGGGGAAUGACACAGCUGGGCCUGGAAAAGAGGCCAAAUAGCCACACUGGUCGGUUCUGGUCUUCAGAGAACCCUGGAGUUUGCUCCCUUCUGAGCCACCCCAGUGAGCGUGGAAGGGCAGCACCAAUUUGUGCACCUUUGUUACUUCCUAUCACACCAGAGACUGGCCCUUGAGGGCAACCUGCUGUGCUGGCCAUGCCAGGGCAGCCCCACCUGGAGCUUAGUAAAAGCUGCUGUUGGGUUAAAAGCUGCUGUUGGGUUAAAA